AUGGGUUGUCACAAAUGCAUUGAUGUGGAUGUUUUGCAGCAGCUUGGGCUGUUUGGGAGAAGGACAGGCGAGUCGUCAUCUUCGGGCGCUCAAUCCAUCCCCAAUGGCAUUAUCCCCUUCAAGUCAGGAGUUAUCCUCACCCCGAGGGCACGUAUCCAGGUGCCACUGCGCACCGUCAUCCCUGCAAACUACAGCUCCAUCAAUCUCUCCCUGAUCCUUAGUCUGUCCGUUCACCGCAUCAACAGCGCUUUCCUUUUCUCAGUCCUGUCUAAGAGAAGAAAAGUUCAGCUCGGGGUGCAGUUCGUACCGGGGAAAGUCCUGGUACACACUGGGCAGAGGAGCUCUGUGAGCUUUGACUAUGAUGUCCACGAUGGCCGGUGGCAUAGUCUAGCCUUGGAUAUCCAAGGUCAUCAGGUGUUCUUACACACCUCUUGUGGAGCGAAAAGUGUUCAUGCAGAUUUGCGUUUAAAAAAAGUCGAAGCUCUUGACGCAGAGGGCUCUUUCUUGCUAGGAAAAAUGAACCACAACGCAGUGCCGUUUGAAGGCGCUGUGUGUCAGUUUGACAUUUAUCCCUCUGCUAAGGCAGCUCAUAAUUAUUGUGAUUACAUAAAGAAACAUUGCAGAGAAGCUGACACGUAUCGGCCCAUGCUUCCACCACUGCUACCUCUAAUUUCAACAGAUGUAAACAUUACUGUUACUCAUAGAACUCCACUGAAAGAGAUAUCCAAAAACACAGAGAGACCAACUUUGGCCUUUACAGAGGGAAGGACAAGGACUACUAAUGUUGAUCCAACUGCCUGCUCGCUAAUGCAGAACGAAACAUCUGUGUAUCCGUCUUUGAGCACUCUGAAACCUGGUGUUGUGUCUGUUUCUCUCCUGGUUCAACCUGGCUUCGAGAGCCCGCUCAAAUUUCCAACUCAAACUGCUACUGCAUCUCUUAAGAUCAGCAGGACACCGCAAAACCUAAAACCAACUUCUUAUGGUAAUGCUGGGGAGAACACAGAGCAAGGAGAUACAAAUCCUCAGAAACCUUUUGACCAAAUUAUGGAUUUACCUGCUUCCACGAUACCGUCCGAGCUGAAGCCAAACCUCAAGACCACAGCUGCUUUCACACAGGGGUCUCCUCCAAACGCCUACCUUCCCCAUAAAAACCAGUUGAGCACAGUAGCUUCAAAGAAACCUGAGCCAAAAGUGACCAGUAUGCAGGAUGUCAAACCCACCUCGCUUAUUCCAGUCACUCUAGCUGCAACAGAUGGCUUUCAGACUUUUGACGUGGAACCGACCCAGUUUUCACUGCUGGCUGGACCACCUGGAAUAAAGGGAGAACCAGGACCACCGGGACUUGAAGGACUUCCAGGGUUGUCAGGAAAACCAGGGAAGAGGGGCCCAAGGGGUCCACCUGGCCCACAUGGAAACCCUGGUCGCUCUGGACCUCCAGGAGUGAAGGUACGACAUAAAGGAAAAACAAUUUCUCGUCAAUUGCUCCCUUUCUCUAUCUGGGCGGAUAAAAUACAUACGGUCCACUUUGUAAUCUGUAUCUGA